GCGGAGCUGGCGGAGAGGACGCGGCGGGCGGCGCUUCCUCCACCGCUCGGUUUCCAGUCCGCCGAGCUAGCCGAAUCCAGGUCUUCCAUUUCCGCCCGCCGGUCCGCUGGCCGCUGGAAGUAGCGAAGCCGAAGAAGUCGCGGCCGCCCCGCCGCCGGCGCGCGUCCUCCUCCCGCCCUUGCUUUUCCUCUGAUUCAGGCCCGCCGCCCCAAGCUUCGCUCUGCCGAGCCCGCAGCCCACGCCGCGGCCGACAUGAGCUUCUUGUUUGGUAGUCGCUCUUCUAAAACUUUUAAACCAAAGAAGAACAUACCAGAGGGGUCUCACCAGUAUGAGCUCUUAAAACAUGCAGAAGCCACACUGGGCAGUGGCAACCUGCGGAUGGCCGUUAUGCUUCCUGAGGGAGAGGAUCUGAAUGAGUGGGUUGCAGUUAACACUGUGGAUUUUUUCAAUCAAAUCAAUAUGCUUUAUGGAACUAUCACAGACUUCUGUACAGAGGAGAGCUGUCCGGUGAUGUCAGCUGGACCAAAAUAUGAGUAUCACUGGGCAGAUGGAACAAACAUAAAAAAGCCCAUCAAGUGUUCUGCACCGAAGUAUAUUGAUUACCUGAUGACAUGGGUUCAGGACCAGCUGGAUGAUGAGACAUUAUUUCCAUCAAAAAUUGGUGUUCCAUUCCCCAAGAAUUUCAUGUCAGUGGCAAAAACCAUACUCAAACGACUCUUCAGAGUCUACGCUCACAUUUAUCAUCAACAUUUUGACCCCGUGAUCCAGCUUCAGGAGGAAGCACAUCUCAAUACAUCUUUCAAGCACUUUAUUUUUUUUGUUCAGGAGUUCAACCUUAUUGACAGACGAGAGUUGGCACCACUGCAAGAGCUGAUUGAAAAACUCACCUCAAAGGACAGAUAGAGGAUGCAAAGCUGUGUACUCUUCUUCAGAUGGAGCUGCGUGCACACAGUGUCGUUGGCUUUGUUAUAUUUCACUUUUGUCUAGAGUGUUUCUGUUUUAGGUUUUAGGGCUUGCUUGGGUUCCCUUUUUUCUUCUGAAUAUAUAAAAUCAUAUUCUGUUGCUAGAGGAAGCUGAGAACCAUUUGAAAAGAGCAGAUUUUGUCUUAGUGGUAUCCAGUAUUUUUUUCUGUUUUAUUUUUAUGAACCUGGUUUUGGUUACUUGAGAAGUUUAUAUGAUAGUAUACGCUAGAAAUAGAUGCGAACUGACUGAAGUGCUGAUGGACUGGGCACUGUGUGUGCAGACUGUGGCCCACUUUGGAGUCCCUAAAAGACUUACGUGUUUUUAAGUGCCUUGAUAGGCUCACUUCUAAGGUGCAAAGCACAGAUAUAGGACUGAACAGAGCUUGAAACAAUAUUAGAAUUUCUAUCUAGGGCACUUACUUGUGCAUGUUAUAAAGUAAUCUGUUAUAAAAGCCAUAGUUUACUCAAAUUGUUGAUCUCCAGCUUUUACUAUGUUGAGAAAGACAUAAUUUGUAAAAUUGUGCAUGUAGAACAUAAAUAUAAAACAACAAAUUAUUUCUUAAUUAUUUUUGACAUAAUUUGUAAAGGUGUGCAUGUAGAACAUAAAUGUAAAACAACAAAAUUCUUAAUUAUUUUUGAUAUUGACUAAUAUAUUCUGUUCAACAGACGUUUAAAGUUCUACAAGCAGGUCUUUUCCCAUCUCUUAAUAUCUGUGAUAUUGAAAUAUGAAGAUGUUGAAAUGUAAUAGAUACUGCAUUUCAGCUUCUUUCUACAUAUAAGUGCACUGUAAGUGUAAAACUUCAGGUUAUAUAUAGAAUCGCCAUCUUCAUUAAGGAUGUUGAACUGUGAGGUUUCCUAGCAAUUGCCAAAUGAGCUGUAAGUGCAGAAUCCCUUUGUACUUCAAAGAGGAAAGGAAAGUGAGACCUGUCACAGCAGGCAUUAGUUUGGGAAAUUACAGAGGAUUAGUGUGGGAGUAAAAUUCUAGAAAGUCCUGUUUUAGAGCCCUGGGAUAGAUUGGUGUCUAUUACUUACAGUCUGGGGGACUUCCUUUUAGAGAUCAGCUUCCAUGAGAAGUUAAACAUAAGUAAUUAGUUUUAGGUACAGACGUUAAACAUGUAAUUUAACUAUUUGGGGAAAUAAUCCACUUUUUAGCAUUUCCAUUCAGUGAAUGGAGCUGGUAUUUGCCUGUCAUUUUAAAUGAUACACUACCUUGAUUAUUGGUGCAGUUUGAAGCAUCCUGACUCCUUAUUUUUCCACUGUGAGAAAUCUUUUUUCUUUGUAGUGAUAUGUCAGCUCAAGUCAAGUAGUGAAAAUGUCAGCUCAGUAGUUAAUAGCUUUUAAAUGUUGGCUGAGAUGACACCCUGUCAAAUGAUCAUUAUCAACUACAGGUUCAGCAGUUUGGUUUUAGAGUAAAUACUGAGGAUAGCUGCCCUUCAGUUUUGUUCUUGAGAAAUACUCUUUUAAGACUGAGUGUUAAUUUUAUCAGUUUGGAUAAAUCAGCCUCCCUCAAUUUUCCCUCUUUCUAGUUAGAGAUACACACUUUCAAACUUGUGAACUAGAAAUGCUUGCUGUGAAUUUGUAUACAAACACUUAGUGGAAGAGAGUUUAAAAUGAACAAGUGGACAAUGAUACAAUUAGAUGCCCUUGCAGUUAUGAUCACUAGGAACUGCCUUUUUCUCCAUUUGAUUUUUGUAAUGGCAAUUGCUUACCAUGUACUGAUCAUAGAAGGAACAAAAGAGCUU